AUGAGAAGGUGGAGAUCAUCGCACAGACAUUCUCCCGCCCCAUGGAGCCCCCGGUGGAGGUCGGUGCUCUGGCUGAGGCCGUCGGCAACAGCCUCUCCCCUAACUCGCCGGUCGCUCAGUGGUCCGAGUCCGCGGCCGCCACGAAGCUUCAGACGGUCUACCGCAGCUAUCGAACUCGACGCAGGCUGGCCGACUCCGCGGUCGUCGCCGAAGAGCUCUGGUGGCAAGUGAUGGACUUCGCUCGACUCAACCACAGCACCGUGUCGUUCUUCGACCACAUGAAGCAGGAGACGCCCGUCUCCCGCUGGAAUCGUGUUAGAUUGAAUGCUUCGAAGGUUGGUCAAGGAUCAUCCAAGGACGCCAAAGCUCUGGAGCUGGCUUUUCAGCACUGGAUUGAAGCUAUUGAUCCGAGACAUCGGUAUGGACAUAACUUGCAUUUCUACUAUGACGAAUGGUGUAAAAGCAAAGCUGGGCAACCUUUCUUCUAUUGGCUGGAUAUUGGUGAUGGAAGAGAGUUGGAUCUUAAAGAUUGCCCAAGGUCAAUUCUUUGUACGCAAUAUGUCAAGUAUCUUAGUCCUCAAGAGCGGGGGCACUAUGAAUAUGUUCUGAUGGAUGGUAAAGUUGUCCAUAGACAUUCUGGAGUGCUUCUUGAUACCACUUCAGCAACUAAAGGAGCAAAAUGGAUUUUUGUCAUGAGCACAACCAAGAUCUUGUAUGCUGGCCAGAAGAAGAAAGGAAUCUUUCACCAUUCCAGCUUCCUCGCUGGAGGAGCUACCAUAGCAGCUGGAAGGUUCACUGCUGAAAAGGGGAUACUCAAGUGCAUUUGGGCUUACAGUGGACAUUACCGACCUACCGAGGAUAAUUUUAACUACUUCUUGAGCUUCCUUGAACAAAAUGGGGUUAAUCUGAGUGAAACUCAGAUACUAUCAUCAUCAAAUGAAGAUUACUAUGAUGACACAAAUCCAACUCAACUAGAAAAGGUGAUUGAAGCUAUGGAAGUUUCUAAAACUCCACGACCACUUCUACCUACAGAGAUCACAGCUACAGAACCAAGCGUGGCAUCUCAAGGCACUGGCACUCUUCAAGUUGAAUAUAAAAGAAACUUGUCUGGCGGCCUUAAAAGUCCAAUACCAGAGGUGCCGGAGAAAGCAAUACUGGAAAGGAUCGAUUCAAAGAGGAAAACGCGUUCAUAUCAGUUGGGGCAUCAGCUUUCUAACAAAUGGUGCAGUGGGGCUGGUCCAAGAAUUGGUUGUGUUGCGGAUUAUCCAUUGCAGGUCAGACUACAAGCCCUCAGAGUUUGUAAAUCUUUCAGCUAGAGUGACUACCCCAUCCAAAAUCCUCAUGGCUGCCUGAUGUGCAUUUGUCAUGUCAAGAAAACUGGUGAUUCAAAGAAGACUGAAAUGUGUGUGUGUUAGUGUACGCAAUGUGAUAGAUACAUGACAUACUCAUCCUUGAAUUGUUUUGAGACAAAUACUGACAGUUAAUCUACAGGAUCAAUGGAUGAUUUUA